UGGUGUAUUAUUCAUUUCAGACUACUCUUCAAGAAGUAAAAAUAAUGUCACUUUUAAAUCAUCCUCACAUCAUUAAGUACUAUGAUAGUUAUGCCAGUGAAGGAUUGUUAACCAUUGUUAUGGAAUUCGCAACAAAGGGAACUUUACAUGAAUAUUUACAGAAACAAAAAGGUGAAUUGCUUCCACAAGAGAUCAUUUUAAAUCUGUUUGGCCAGUUGUGUCUGGCUCUCCAAUACAUCCACAAUAAACGAACGCUACACAGAGACAUAACAACCAGAAACAUUUUAUUAACUGGAUGUCAUGGUCAGAUAGUGAAGCUCACUGAUUUUGGUAUCUCUAAAGUACUUACAAGCCGUAAUAAAACCUCUAGUGUAGUUGGUACUCCGUGCUACCUCUCUCCGGAGUUAUGCGAGGGGAAGCCAUAUGGAACUCACAGUGACGUCUGGGCCUUGGGCUGUGUUCUCUAUAAUAUGUGUACUCUCAGACAAGCCUUUCAAGCACAGACACUGGGAGGACUAGUGUACAAAAUAAUGAAUGAUUCGAUUGAGCCUGUAAGUGAUAAGUAUGACCAAGGUAUAAUGGAGAUGCUGCAACUCAUGUUGGAUCGGGACCCGUUGACUCGACCUAGCGUAUCAGCCCUUCUUUCCCAUCGUCUCCUGGUUCCUGUCGUUUAUAAUAUCAUUACUAGUCUAGGCUGUUUGUUAAAACCUCAACAAAAAUCUUUAGAAGAAGACAACCAAGCUAAAUUUUACUGGAAUUUUAAUUAAAAAUUCCUACUUGUUCCUUGUGUUUAUGAACAAUGUUUCUACGAUAACCUAUAAACAUUGUGUGUGUGUGUGUGUUUUUUUUUUUUAAGUAAACCCAUUAAGUAUCAUAGCCAAACAUGGUUGGGAAAAAAUAUUCAGUGUUUUACGCAUGACAAAAGUAAAGUUUAUGUAUAUUGUCUUGCAAAUGGAAAUGAUUAAAUAAUAUAAUGUUAUGAAUAUUACUUUGUAAUAAUGUGGUAUGACAGAAUUAAAUUGAACAUUUAAAAAUUAAUUAUAAUUUAAUGUAAAUAUUUUUUCAUCCUAUCUAAAUUUCUAAUAGUUUCAAAUUUUAAAUGAGUGAUAAUUAAACAAAUGUUUAAAAUAAUACGUUGAUUUUUUUUAUUUUUAUGAAAGUCUAGUUGAAAAAUUGAAUUGUUCCUUCGUAGUGUGAUUUUCAAUUAUCAAAAUUGAAAAACUAAAUAAAUUUAAAGAGUUAAGUUUGUUCAUAUGUUGGUAUAGCUAGCUCCAACAUUAAUUCCAAAAUUAAUUUGAAGUAAAUUAUUUAGGGUAAAAAUCAUUAGUAAUUUAUUACAGUUAAACUAACUUACUUUAACAGUGCUAAAGUAAGUGUGUGUAGUGUAUUUAUUCUUGUUGUAGGGGAAAUUUUCUUGUCUACAUUGAAAUGUUUGAGUGCCCCCAUCCAUGGUAAACAUAUUCAUAGGUUACAGUUCCUACAUAAGAUAUAAUACCAUUCAUGCGAUGUUUUAUGUUAACUUAAGGGAAAGAAACGUAAGGGCUAGCUUAACAAUAAUAAGGUAUUAUUAAGUAGUUACAUCUUUAUAAAAGUUCUUAUUAUGAAUCACAAAAUAUUCUUAAGUUUUCAAACUUAAUAUUCAUUAAAUAAUAUAAAAACCCAUAAGCCAGUUGUAUUAUCUCUUUGUAUGCAUUAAAUGUAUUUGUUUGCUGUGACAGACUUUUGUAACUUUUAGUUGUGACAAAAAAUAUAGUUUAUAAUGAAUUCUGAAUUGUAAAAACUAUUAGACUGCAGUCAAGCUCUUGAUUAUAAAAUUUUAAUAAGUUUAUUCUCCAGAAUAUUUUGAAUUUUACGUAGUAGACAGUGUUGGUGAUUGUUCAUUUGCAUUAUGAGGUGUGUAAAAUUGUUGCAAAAGUAAUUAAAAUAGUGUGUCAUAUGAAUAACCAUACCAUAAUGUAGGCAUAGCCUUAUAAUAUUAUUUGUUCAAUCAUUUCUUUCAUAUAUAAAAUUAGAUUUUGGAUUUAACCACGA